AUGGAUACUUUGGAAGAACCAGAAUGUCCUGAGCAUGAAGACCGUGUUUUUGUGAAAUCAAGCAAAGACUUUGAAGGUUAUGCCAGCAAAGCAAUAGUCCCCGUCCACUUCGUCGCGCUUUUAACUUCUAUAUACUUGACAGAAACAAAAGGUUUACUGGUAUUUUCUAAUUUUGAGGAGGGGGAAAGUCAAGUGGAAAAAGACCAGUAUAUAAUUAAACUGAAAUUCAAAGACAGGAGCUCGGAAAGAUUAGCAAGAAUGACUAUUUCCUUACUUUGUCAGUACUUUGAUAUUGAAUUGCCGGACCUGGACUCAGGCUCAACACUAAUAUUGAAAGAUAUUCAUCUUGAAAGGCUAUGUUUUUCAAGUUGUAAAGCUUUAUAUGUGUCAAGAUCUGGGAACUACACCCUAUUUUUAGAGGAUAUCAAACCAUUGGAUAUAGUGAAUGUAAUAAACUCCAUAUCUACGAAAUCUCAAAAAAGCGGCACUGAAUUUUUGCCAUCAGGCCCAAUUAUAGAAUCUAAUUUGAGGGAACCACUAUUAGAUAUUUUCAACAAUUUGAUAAAAAUGAACAUAGAUGAGAGAAACAGUUUCAAAUUUGUAAGAUUGAUUCACUACAAUACGGAAUUGAAGAAAUUUAUCCAAGAGCAGCAAAGCCUUUUAUCGCAGAAAUCAAAAACCAAGCUAAUCAAUCCUUUCUUUGCUCCAAACAGAUUAGGAAUACCUUAUGUUGAGACGCAAAACGAAUUUAAUUCGCAGCUUAUGACGCUUAAUUCAGAGCAACCAAUUACAGAUAUAAGCAGUAAUGGAGAUGACAUGAGGUACAGUACAGAUCCUAUUGAGGAGUCUGAUUCUUCAACUAUCUCUUCUACGGGGAAGUUUGUAAGCCCAGGAUCCUGCAUCCAGUCGCACACACCCGAAAGGAAAACAAGCGUACCAAACAAUUGGCUGGAUAACGAUUCCGAGGGUAAGAAUAAAAGAAGACUUUCCUUUCAGUGCACUAGCGCACCUUCAUCCCAGCAGAUAAUUGAUUAUGAGCGACUUUCGCUAGCUAAAGUAGGCUCGGUUGAGAGGCUUAAGGGAAAGUUUGUUGGGAUGUAUCCGUCUCAUUUCAGCGGCAUAACUGAGUUCAGAUAUUGCACAUUGAAGUUAUAUUUUACACACUUAUCGGUAUCAAAAAUCCCAGACAAGAUAUUGAUACCGGGUACCAACUGCAUUGAGAUCAUUAUCCCUACGAUGGAGCGAAUACGUGAACUAUUCGGAGUUUUAAACUGUCAGAACAGUAUGAUAUCGAAUAUUCUACUACUGGAUAAGCCAGAUCCGAUCUCCGUGGAAAUUGAAAGGGUCAUGUGGAACAAUGAUGAGACAAUUAGCCCUGGUUUGACUGUUUGGAGUUUAAAGAACAUUAGUGUAAAGACGCAGGCGCAGGCGUCGGCGCAGUCUCCUGCGAAGUCACUCCCACCAGUCAAUGCACCUCGCACGAAAAUGCGCAAAAUGGCAGAGAAAGACCCCACCAUCGAGUUCUGUCACUUGGAGCUCAACACAUUCGAAACAAAAUACGUAACAAUGUUUGGCAUGCUAGUGUCUUGCUCAUUUGACAAACCUGCCUUCGUAUCUUUUGUCUUUACCGAUUUCACUACGAAUGACAUCGUCCAAAACUACCUCUAUGACAGAUACUUGGUAGAUUAUGAGGCCAAAUUGGAGCUCAACGAAGGCUUCAAAGCCAUCAUGUACAGAAACCAAUUCGAAACAUUUGACUCCAAAAUCUUAAACAUAUUUAACAAGAGGUUGAACGAGUUGCAGAACGGCCGCGACGAAAACCUUUCGCAACACGGCAUAGUUUGCAAGAUGAACAUAAAAGUGAAAAUUUAUAACGGCAAACUAAACGCCAUUGUACGCGAAUGCGUGCCGGUUCUACAGUCUCAGGUAAGAAGCGUUGCUUCACCUUCACAAAGCGAACAUUUAAGAUCUUUUUAUCAGCGGGCGUUUAAGAGAAUCGGCGAGUCCGCCAUCUCACGCUACUUCGAAGAGUACCAAAGGUUUUUUCCCAUACAAAGAAACAAAACCUCUCAUCUCGCGCAAUUAAAGACCGCUGUUUCAGGACAUGAACAGGAUCACGAACCAGGACAGCUGCACACUUCAAUGGUCCCCACCGAAUAUAUACCUGAUCUAAAUGCGGACGUGUCAUCCUUCGAUAUCGAGUGUACAGAUAUUUUCCCGCUCUUGAACUCCCUGUCUCGUUGCCCACACCCGCGCCAAAUACACAAGACAAGCACCCUAUAUAGUUGCAGAGGACGCAUCAUUGCCAUUGAAUACAUGGCAUCUGACAUCUGCUUCCAUAUUACGAACGAGUUUUCUCUUUCACAGGGCCGCAGCGCGGACUCCCAGAAAGUGCUAAAACUACACAUUAUUACCCCUAAGAACUUUGCAUACUUUUUCAACCGCCCAAAUGCCUAUAUACAGCGCCAGAGUCUUGAGGAAAUAUAUACGCAAUUGACACAAUUUCUCGGCCAUUCAUUCCAAUUCAAUAUAACCUCCUCCUACAAGUUGCUCCCUGAAACUGCCUUGGCUUUGCAGAUCUGGUGUCCCAUUGAAUGCACGCUUCGGGAGUUGCAACAACAGCUGGCCCAUCUAAAGGCUGCAACCACUCCUGAUUCAGGGAGUCUUGGUUACGCAAUUACCGCCGCCGUCAAUCCUCCGCGAUUUCUUGCCGCUCAAGAUGGCGUCACCGUGAAAAAGGAGGAAGAUAAUGGCGAUGAAGCCGGGACAUUUUCCGCUUCGUGGGACACGAUUGGCGCAGCCCAACGCGGCGGUGCCAAAUUUCAGUGA